GAUCCGUAUCAGAUGUUGGAAACGACAUAUUGUUCCAAGGCUGCCCAAGCUAUGUAUACAUGGUCACACAUUCACCUUCGCCUGCAUCUGAUCCAUAAAGAACAUAGUAUCAAAUCAGAUAAUUGUUUGCAGAGGGAUACACAAGCAUAUCUUGUGCAUUCUGUAAUCUAUUAA